AUGCAGCAAGAGUCCCCGAUAUCAUUGACGAAACCUAACACGGCAUCGCCUUCCGCGAAUGAACAUGAGCAAAUUGAUAAGAAGAUAACGAGACGGUCGCACCGCAAAUCGCGUGCUGGGUGCAAGAACUGCAAGACGCGCCGUAUCAAGUGCGAUGAGACGAAACCGAAAUGUAGCAAUUGCAAACGUCGUCAAGUACAUUGUGACUUCGAUCAAGCUGCAUCCUCUUCACAAAGACCGUCAGUGGCAAGCACCAGUCUAAAUUUCGAAGAACUACCCAUCUCCGAGAUCGAGCUCACGUACCACUACACCACGUCGACUUGCUUUUCCAUCUCGCCAUGGCUGACUGGUAGUAUUACAUGGCAAACCCAAAUGGCCGAAAUUGGAUUUGAGAACCCUUAUGUCCUGUACCUGAUGUUCGCUUUCACAGCGCUGCAUCUGGCACAUUGCCGCCCGAACCGAAAAGAGGAAUAUACUGCAACAGCGGACCGAAAUUAUGAGCGCGCUCUCGUCCUCAUCACACCAGAGAUUGCUGACCUGAACCCUGAUAAUUGCGAUGCAGUGCUAGUUGCUGUGCAGAUGAUUUGCUUCAUAAGCUGGGGGCGUGGACCGCAGCCCGGAGAGUAUCUCGCCUUCGGACGAGACAAGAGAUCAGAUUGGUUGAUGAUGUUCCGUGGGAUCAGAACGACUCUCUCGAGUAUUGAGCAUCGACAAUUCGUCAAGACGCAUGCACCCGCAGCACGCGGCAAAGGUCGCCCACUGCCGACCCAAGAACUGCCCGAAGAGUAUGAGAAGCACCUCGACGAGCUCCGAGCGCAUGUGGAAUUCGUGUCAAGGGAUACAGCUAAUCACGAGGACGACGUCAUGGCCGUCGAUAUCCUGCGCGAGAUGUACGAUAAUCGGUAUCAAGGCGUGGAUAGCGAGUAUCAUGUGUCAUUCGGGUGGCUUUUCCGGAUGACGGACGACUUCCUUGAGCGAUUACAACAGCGUGAUCCCGUUACGAUGAUCAUUUAUGCGUACUUCGUUGUGCUGAUCCGUGUUUUGGAGCAAUUCUGGUAUAUGCAAGGAUGGACACACCAUGUCAUGAGUGGGAUCUGGGAAAUGACGCCUCGAGAGCAAAGGGCCUGGUUGGACUGGCCCAUCAAGAGAAUCCAUUGGAUCAAGCCUUGA